AUGGAGUCUCACCGGAAAAGACUGCUUGCGACAACGGUUGAUGAUCGUGCUGAAACCAAUCCCAACCAACGAUUUGCAGUUAUUCCACGGGGAUCGGAAAUAAAGCAUGGGUUCCAGGACCUUUCAAUCAAAGAUCUGGCACGGGCCGUGAACUCCAUGUGUUGGUGGAUUGAAGGCACCAUUGGACAGGCACAAUCCCCAGAGACGUUGGCCUACAUGGGGAGCAAUGAUGUGCGCUACUUCAUAUUCAUGCUUGCAUGCCAAAAGACUGGAUACCAGGCCCUCUUACCUUCCACCAGGAACUCGGACGAAGCCCAUGUUCAUAUACUGAAAGCGACAAACUGCACCAAGUUCUUUUUCAGCGAGGAGCGCCAGACACGAGCUCGCGAGAUCCAGAGACUUGUUUCGGCAUUGGAUAUCUUCGAGGUCCCGACUAUGGAAAUUCUCAGUGAUGAGAGUGGUCUGCACCACUAUUCGUACACCAAGUCUUAUGCAGACGCAGAGAAUGACACAAUUUGCAUCAUCCAUAGCUCUGGAACGACAGGCAUGCCAAAGCCGGUGUAUCUCACCAACGGCUUCUUCAUGACUUUCGAUUCUAUUUCUCAUCUCGCAAAGCCGGCAGGUCGUCAGCCAUCUAUGUUCCAUAAUCUGGAUCAAACUGAGCUGGUGCUGGCUACGACACCUUUCUUCCAUCUAAUGGGACUGGCAGCACUUGUGUUCUCAGUAUGGUUCGAAGCUCCCACGCUUGUUGGCCCAGAUAAGCCACUCUCCGUCGACCAUAUGAUAGAGCUGCUGCGCACUGCCCGCCCGGCCGUCGCACUCUGCGCGCCCUCAAUCCUGGAAGACUUGAGCUACUCCGACAAAGCACUAGCUUGUUUGAAAGAGCUCAAAUCAGUCUACUUCGGUGGCGCACCUCUGUCCCUAGAGACCGGAGAGCGACUUCGCAAAUCCACACAGAUCAUAUCAGUAAUUGGAAGCAGCGAGGCCGGCAUAAUCCCAGCGCUGGUGCCGGAGGAUCCAGCUAACUGGGGCUACUUCGAAUGGAAUGAAGCCUACGGGGUGGAUAUGCAAGAUAUCGGUGAGGGUGUAUUCGAGAUGGUGAUUCCUCGACAGGAGAAUGCUCGCGACUUCAAGGGCAUUUUCCACACAUACCCAGAUCUCAAUUUGUAUCCAACCAACGAUCUAUACACUCCACACCCGACGAACCCACGUCUGUGGAAGUUCUAUGGGCGUAAGGAUGAUGUGAUUGUCCUAAGCAACGGUGAAAAGUUCAACCCUGUCGGGAUGGAGACUAUUAUCGAAGGACACCCGCUGGUUGGAAAGGCGGUGGUAGUCGGCCAGUCCCGGUUCCAAGCCGGGCUUCUCAUCGAGCCGAGUCAUGGAGGACCGGAUAUGGAUGCAAAGGUCUUUGUUGAGGAGAUCUGGCCAACAGUGCAAGUGGCUAACCAGAGCAUUGCGGCUCAUGGCCGGGUGAUGAAGAACAAGAUCUGUUUCGCAAUGAAGACUAAGCCAUUCAAGACAACUCCUAAAGGUAGCGUGCAGCGCCGGGCUGUGCUUCGAGACUAUGAGAAAGAGAUCGAUGCAAUGUAUGCCGAAGACCUCGAGAAUGGCUUGGGCCAGUGUCUGCCAGAGACGUUGGACCACGAGAGUGUUACAGAAUAUAUCCGCCAGAUUACUGCCCGCGUCCUGGAGAAACCCGAGGUCGCAGAUGCUCAGGACUUCUACUCUGUCGGUCUUGAUUCCCUGAUGACAAUUCACCUCUCUCGGGUGCUGCAAAAGGGCAUCCAGCUACGUCGGCCGGAUGUGAAAGCAGGAGCCAUCAGCGCCCAAACGAUCUAUGGCAACCCAACAGUCGAUCGAUUGUCUCGAGCCGUAAUUGCCAUCUUAGAUGGGAAAUCUCAAGCUGGUAUCCCGCGAGCUGAGAAGAUCCAGAGUCUGGUGGAAAAGUAUACGUCCGAUCUUCCAGCACGGGAAGUCUACCCUCAGAAUGGAUUAAAUCUGCCAUCGACCGUGAUACUGACUGGUUCAACCGGCUCACUGGGAACUUAUCUACUGCAUUCUCUGCUGAGCAGCGGUUCCAUCACUAAGGUCUACUGCCUCAAUCGUUCGGAUGCCGAAUCACGGCAGAAGAAAAGCUUCGAGGAGAAAGGAUUGUAUCUUGACGCAAACGACUGGAAAGACAAGGUCGAAUUCCUACAAGCCUCAUUUGGAGAACCACGAUUCGGCCUAAACGAGACCAAGUACCAAGAACUUCUCAAAUCAGUUGACACCAUCAUCCACAACGCCUGGAAAGUCGACUUCAACCAUUCCGUUGAUUCCUUCGAGGACACUCACAUCCAGGGUGUGCGGCGCUUUAUAGACUUUAGCUUGAGCAGCCGCAGCAACGCUCAUCUUCAUUUCAUCUCCUCAAUCGGCACGGUAGGCGCUUGGACCGCAGAAAUGGGAGCCCCGAUCCCAGAAGAACCGAUGGAGGACAUUGCGGUCGUUCUCCCACAAGGCUAUGGUGAAUCUAAGCACAUUGCCGAGCGCAUCUGUGUCAAGGCCUCGCGGCGAUCUCGUAUCCCCACGUCGGUGUAUCGCGUCGGGCAGAUCGCCGGGCCGACCAGCGCACUAGGACAAUGGAAUCCGCAGGAAUGGCUGCCGACUAUCAUCGCGACGGCAAAAGCGAUGGGGAAAAUCCCCAACCGACUCGGCUCGACUGCGGUCGAUUGGGUGCCAGUGGACACUUUAUCCAAUAUUAUAGUGGAGAUUGUCAACACACGUCAUAGCUGCUCACCCGAAGGACGGCCUGCCGUGUUUCAUCUCACGAAUCCCGAACGAACACCAUGGUCGUCGUUGAUCCCGGCAAUCCAGAGCCAGUAUGCGGUCGAGCCAGUUGCGUUUUCUGCGUGGAUUGCCGAGCUGGAGAGUAUCACAAAUCCCAGCAGUGCAGAUAUUGUCUCAAAGCCCGCACUCAAGCUGCUGGGUUUCUACCGUAGGCUGCAAGACGAGGCAGUGCCUUGUCUGUGGCGUUGGAUGUCCGACGGGCGAAAGAGGCAAGCGCCACCAUGA